AAAAAGUUACAAAAUAAAUAUGUUUCGAUAUUCUCUCAUUUCUGAUUGCAUUUCGUGUAUAAUUGAGUAAUAUAACCAAACCGAACCGAACUAAAGUUAAUUUGACUUCUCAAAUCUAAAAUGUUAUAAGGUAUUUUUUUACUAAGAGAUGUCUUUGAAUUUUGUUAUAGGAGCAUGUAAAUUUCUAUCUACCCAUAUUAUGGACUUCAUAGUUUUCUGAACACACCCUGUAUAUAAUUAAUUUUUUGAUUGUGCCUCGUAUAUGUUUGACAUAAACACAAACUGUAUAUCAAAUAACCUCAAUUAUAUAUAUUUUCUGCAUGAAAUAGUUUUUCAUAGUUAUAUAAAAGAAGUGUUAUUGUUAUUAUUAGGAGUAAUUUUGCAUAUUUAGCAUGCUCGUAAAAACAGGGCUAUUGGUGACUUCAAAUCCAAACCGUUUAGGAAUUAUUUUACCUCAAAUUAAACAUGAAAUUGAAAGUAUAUUAUACAUACAAGUUUUGAACGCUUUACGUGAACCAUUUGGUAAUUUCUAUCCAAAUAUGUUUUCUUCGUGGCCAAAGUUAAGCCAUAUAAUAAAAGGCAUUUAUACACAGGCAGCUAAACAUUGUCAAAAUUUGGAUGUACGGGUUUUGCUAUCGGGUUUAAAAUACAAAAAUAAGUUAAUUUAUACGGAACGGGAAGUGGAAUUGGUUAUUUUUGAUGAAAAAUAUGCUUCGGAUGAAGUACAAAAGUUUUUAUCAACCAAACUUGUAAAUAUCAGCAAGGAUUAUAAAAUACUGACUUGCGCAAACAUUGCUGCUGAGCCCAUUUCUGCAGAUUUGGAACAAAAAAAUGAUAAGGUUUACCAGCAUACAGUUUUAGGUGGAACUUUUGAUAGGCUUCAUUUAGCGCAUAAACUUCUUCUUUCUGAAGCAGCUUUAAGAUCAAAUUCUAAAAUAACUGUAGGUGUAACAGAAGAGAACAUGAUAAAGUCAAAGAUUCUUUGGGAAUUAAUAGAACCAUUAGAAACAAGAAUGAGUACGGUUGAAAAUUUUCUGAAGGAUAUUUGUCCAGAACUGAACAUAUCAGUAGUGUCAAUUGAGGACCCUUUUGGACCAACCCAACACGAUCCUACAAUUGACCUUCUGGUUGUUAGCAAGGAAACGAUUAGGGGGGGUGAAAAAGUUAACGAAGUUCGAAAGAGUAAAGGUUUACCAUUGCUGGAUUUAGUUGCAGUUGAUUUGAUUGAUGAACCUGCUCAAAAUCCUCACGAAGAGAAGAAAAUUAGUUCUAAUACACAACGUAUGCGUUUGCUUGGGACGUUAUUAAAGCCUGUGAAACAAAAUUUAAAUUUACCAAAACGACCGUAUGUGAUUGGUUUAACAG